AUGGUGCGAACGAACCGAAACGUUCGCGAAUUCAGGUUUGAUUUCGGCAUUCUCGUUACGAAAAACGAUGGACUGCCUAGUGGGCUACAAUUCUCAAGGUCUCCAUCAGUGCGAAAUUCGCCAGUGAUGGCGUCCGCCGUGCGGUUGUUGCGGCAUCGCUCUCGCGAAGCUGACUCCGCAAUUCGCCGAUUAACUUGUAAUUACUCGUCUGCUCGCGCCUACACCAUUGGAGCCACACCCGCCUUCCCCCACACCCGCCGUUCGUCCCCCUCUCCAUCAGCGAUCCGCGCAGCAUGUCCGCUUGUGACCGCCCCGUGCGCCGAUCCUUCCGCCUCUUCCGCCCGAGCCCCUCCUCCCGCCCGUCCGCUUCUUCCGCCUGCCUCGUCUCCGCAAUCCCCCCAGCAAUUCCGGAAGUCCGCCAUCCAGCUGUCAGCCUUCACCGCGAGCGGGGCGCAGGUUCUGGGCAACACGCGGGGAACUGGCGGAGAUCAGGGGAACGGCGAUCGCGGAGGAUGGGGGGAAGAGCGCUGGGGGAACCGCCGCGGAGGGGAGUGGGCGGGCGCAUGCGGGGCUAUUUUUGCUGGGGUGGCGGCAGUGGGGGUAUCUUGGGGGGAGGCGCGGAGCAGCAAAGGGGGAAGGGCAGAGGAGAAAGGGAAGAGAGGGGAAGAAGGAGUAGGGGAAGGGGGGGAGGAGGAGGAAGGGGAGUUGGUUUCAAAUUGGAGUGGUACGCAUGAGGUUCGGGCCGCUGUGGUGUACCGACCGGAAUCAAUGCAGGACCUGGAGCGCAUUGUCCAAUCGGCGCAUAAAGAGGGCCGCACCAUCCGUCCCGUAGGCAGCGCCAUCUCCCCCAAUGGUAUUGCUCUGAGCGCCCACGGCAUGGUCAACCUGGCCUUAAUGGACCGAGUUCUACAUGUGGAUAAGGCGACAGGGAGGGUGCGCGUGCAGGCAGGGGCGCGCGUGGAACAGGUGGUGGAGGCUCUGAGGCCAUAUGGACUUACGCUGCAGAAUUACGCUUCUGUUCGGGAGCAGCAGAUUGGCGGGUUCAUACAGGUGGGAGCACAUGGCACAGGGGCCGCCAUUCCCCCAGUGGACGAGCAAGUGGUGGCCAUUAAGCUCGUGACACCUGGCAGCAGCACGCUGCACCUGACGCCCGAAGCUGACCCGGACCUGUUCUACCUGGCUCGGUGCGGGCUCGGAGCGCUGGGGGUGGUGGGGGAGGUGGAGUUGCAGGCAAUACCAGCUCAUAGACUGAGGGAGGAGACCUUUGUGACUGAUAAGGAGGAGAUUAAGAGGCAUCAUAGACGAUGGUUGAAAGACUACCAGCACGUGCGAUACAUGUGGAUUCCACACACACAGGCAGUUGUGGUGGUCAGAAGCAACCCUGUCGUCAAGGGCGGCAGCAGCGGGGGAUCAGCAGCAACAGUGCAAGGCGAGGGAGCUGCCAGUGGGCCGGCGUUGAGCGAGGGUGAGAAGCUGGCUCACGUGCGGGCUCUGUACCUCGCAUCGGUUGCUGCCAGGAGAAGGGACGAGCUGCUGGCGCUGGAUCCAUUGAACCUGGACCAUGUGCGGGCGAUCAACCAGGCCGAGGCUCUGUACUGGAAGCUGAGUGAAGGGGAGAGGGAAGGGUGGAGCGACCAGAUACUGGGCUUUGACUGUGGUGGGCAGCAGUGGGUGUCAGAAGUUUGCUUCAAGGCAGGCGGCAGCACCACCACCAUCACCUCCAGCACCGCCGCCAGCAGCAGCAGCAGCAGCAGCAGCACCACCGCCCCCAGCAGCAGCGGCAGCAGCAGCAGCACAGCGGACAUUGCGUUUAUGGAGGAGCUAUUGGCGCUGAUUGAAUCGGAGGGUAUCCCUGCCCCGGCUCCCAUAGAGCAGCGCUGGACCAGCGGCAGCCGCAGCCCUCUCAGCCCUACUGCUGGUGCUUAUAACGCUGCUAAUGCUGCUGGAGGUUUUGCAGCAGGAGGUUCGGCAGCAGGCUCGGCUGCAGAUGGAAGAGCGGCUCACGAUGAUGUUUACUCAUGGGUGGGCAUUAUCAUGUAUCUGCCGUCCAACGACCCUGACCAACGGGCAGCCAUCACCAAACAUUUCCUCGACUACAAGUUUGUGACUGCCCGCAGGCUCUGGGACAAAUACGGAGCACAUGAGCACUGGGCAAAGAUCGAGAUCCCCUCAGAUCCUGCCACUCGUGAGUGGCUUGUGUCGCGCGUUGCUCGCGAUUUCCCAGUGGCCAAAUUGAACGAGUAUCGGAGAAAGCUGGAUCCCAAAAAUGUGCUGGCCAAUGACAUGCUCAAUGUGCUGUUCCCUCGUUGA